AUGUCAUUUUUAAGCAGUCCAUCGACGAAUCAUAUGAUAACAAAUUUAACGAAAAGAACAAAUGAGUUUCAAUCAAAAAUAGAUAACAUAUUAAAUAAAAUAAGUACGGAAAGUCUUCCGUUUCAAAAAAAGUCUUUUAUCUGUUGUGUGAAUUGUUUUGAUACGUAUAAUACGGAUUUUGAGACAAUUGGAAAAUGUGUUAACAACUGUCAGAAGGGAACGGAACAUUUUGUUCAGGCAGUCCAGAAUGAAAUGCAAAACCUACAAAAUAAUUUACAGUCAUGCCAGCAGUCAUGUUUUUACAAGUACUCACCAAAUUAUGCAAAAAGCAACGCAAGUAUUGACGGUCCAACCAUAGAAAAAGAGAUGGAAGGUUGCGUAGUGAAAUGUUUUGAUAAGCAUGAACCCAUGUUACCAGAGAUAUCGGACAGGUUGCACAAAACGCUAAAAGAGGAAAUGAAAUAA